AUGGCUGCCUUCGCUGUCUGCUCUGCCUCCGUGGUGGCUCCCACCAGCCUCUUGGCUAACAAGAGCGUUGCGUCGAGCAAGUUGUCCGCCACCCCCAUGCUCGUCAGCAACAAGAGCCGCGUUGUGAUGAGCGCGAAGAAGGAGCAGAACAUCGCUCUCCCCGUCACCGCUGCUCUGAUCGCUGCUGCCAUCAUCCCCGAGAUUGCUGAGGCUGCCCAGCCCGGCGUGUCCCCCUCACUGCAGAACCUGAUCAACAGCGUGAUUGCUGGCGGUGUUGUCCUGGGAGGCAUUGCCGUAGCUAUCGUUGGCGUGUCUACCUUCGACCCCGUCAAGAGAAAGUAA